AUUUAAUGAAAUAUAAUCAGAUUAAUUAAUAUUUGUUUAAUGAAUUAAAGAAUCGGAAAUUUAAUAGCUCAGAAAUGAACGAGAGAACAAUGCUCGUCACAUAUGAUAGACGUCCACAUCAAACACAAACUCGUAAAAUACAAUUGUACAAACCGAACUUGCACAUAUAUACAACCCUCGCAGUUAAAAAUACGCACAUACAACGGAAAAAUAAAAAGGAGAGGAGAAAUCUUGAUUCUUGAACUAGUAAAAGCCUGUCUUCACGGAGUGUUCACUGGAUGAUCGUUUCUCUCUCACUCUCACUCUCAAAAAAUUCAGGCCAAUGCACUUUAUCUCUCUUCUUCUGCUACACUACCCACUUUUUGUUUCUUCAAAUUCUGUUACUUCCCAUUUUUAUUCUUUUCACCCUUUUUUCUUUGCCCGCAGCCAUGAAUGACCUUUUCACAGAGUCGUUUGCGGCCCCUCAGGCCCCAUCUAACGUAAGACGUGAUGUUGAAACGGGCGAAACUGAACAACGUUCAGGAGAAUUAGGCUUGGAGAACUUUCUUGAACAGGUUCAAGAGAUUGAUAAACAAUAUGAUCGGAUGAAUAGUUUACUCCAUAAACUACAGACAGCGAAUGAUGAUUCUAAGAGUGUGACAAAAGCUGAUUCGAUGAAAGCGAUCAGGCAGAAAAUGGAGAAAGACGUUGAUGAAGUCAGCCGUAUUGCUCGUUUUAUUAAAUCAAAAAUUGAGGCACUUGACCGAGAAAAUAUGGAACACAGACAGAAACCUGGAUGCGGAAGUGGAACAGCUGUGGACCGAUCAAGAACUGCGACAACAGUUUCCUUGAAGAAGAAGUUUAAAGAUAAGAUCACUGAGUUUCAGAAUCUCAGGCAAACCAUUCAUCAAGAGUAUCGAGAGGUGGUUCAAAGACGUGUUUAUACAGUGACUGGUUCAAGAGCCGAUGAUGAGACAAUUGAUAGACUGAUUGAAACUGGAGAUAGUGAACAGAUUUUCCAAAAAGCAAUUCAGGAGCAAGGGCGAGGCCAGAUAAUGGGUACCGUGGCUGAAAUUCAGGAGCGCCACAAUGCAGUCAUGGACAUAGAGAAAAAGCUUCUUGAGCUGAACCAGAUAUUUCUUGACAUGGCAGUGUUGGUAGAUUCUCAGGGAGACAUGCUUGACAAUAUAGAAAACCAUGUUACAAAUGCAGUAGAUCAUGUGCAGUCUGGCAAUAAAGCCCUGCGGAAGGCCAAGAGUUUACGGAAGAAUACAAGAAAGUGGAUGUGCGUUGGAAUCCUCAUUCUGCUCAUAGUUAUUCUUAUUGUUGUUGUAGGAGUGAUAAAGCCAUGGAAUAUGUAAAAAUGCUGCUCAACUCAUCUCUCAGACUGUAUAUUAAAGCUUCAUCGCCAGUCCUUCAAAGAUCGACUGGAAAAUUCCGGUGGAGAGUGAAUGUAUCAUUGGUCUUUAUAAACAGAAGACAAUGUCCAA